CCCAAUUCUUUCCCCCUCCAAUUGAAAGAAACCCUCACAAAAUUCCAUAAAUAUAUAUUUUCUAUUAAAAAACUUCAAAACCCUUAAACCCUUCUUCUUCUUCUUCUUGCAAGCUAUUUCAACUUGCAGAAUGAAAUCCAUCUUAAACCCAAAGCUCUCAGCAGCUUUAUCUCCCAAUCUUCCCAAAUUCUCUUCCUUUGCUCUGUUUCCACGCCCUUCUGAAUUCAUGACCCCUUUCCCCACUCGAAUCCCCAAUCAUCUCCGCUUGAACCCAACACACUUUUCAUCCAGGAACAUGAUUCCCACCACUCAAAAUCGAAGCUUGCAAUCGGAGUCAUCGGCAUCGGCAUCUUCUUCCGGCGAGAUUCACGUCAUUGUGGGCCCCAUGUUCGCCGGAAAAACCACCUCGCUCAUCCGGAGGAUUCAAUCGGAGUCCGGCAACGGCAGGUCAAGCAGUGCAAAAAAAGACCCAGCCUUGGAUAAGGUAUUGAAAGGUCUGUGCAAAUCUGGAAGGCUGGCUGAGGCAAUUGGGCUAUUGUACCGUUCAGGGUUGCCGGUGCACAUGAGCACAUAUUCGUUGAUGCUGCAGGAAUGUAUAUUCUGGAAACAGUAUAAGAGGGGGAGAAGAAUUCAUGCACACAUGAUUAUUGUUGGAUAUGUUCCCAAUGAAUAUUUGAAGAUUAAAUUGUUGAUAUUGUAUGCAAAGUCCGGAUCCCUAGAAACUGCCCACUUCUUAUUUAAUGACUUGGUGGAGAAGGACUUAAUUUCAUGGAAUGCAAUCAUAGCUGGGUAUGUUCAAAAUGGCCUUGAAGAAGUUGGGUUGGAGUUUUUUUAUACGAUGAGACUGGCUGGUUUGAGACCAGAUCAGCAUACCUUUGCAUCGGUGUUCAGAGCAUGUGCAACUUUGGCAGCAUUAGAACCUGGGAAGCAAGCCCACGGGGUUAUGAUCAAGUGUCAAAUUAAGGACAAUGUUGUAGUGAACAGUGCCCUGAUAGACAUGUACUUUAAGUGCAGUUGUAUCAGUGACGGACAACUGAUGUUUGAUAAAUGUUUGAGUAGAAAUACCAUUACUUGGACUACUCUAAUAUCUGGAUAUGGUCAGCAUGGAGGAGUAGUGGAGGUUUUAGAUUCUUUUCGUAGAAUGAUAACUGAAGGUUUUAGACCAAAUUAUGUUACUUUUCUUGCAGUUUUGGUUGCUUGUAGCCAUGGGGGUUUGGUUGAUGAAGGACAUAAGUUUUUUCAAUCAAUGAUAAGUGAGUAUGACAUAAGGCCACAAGCAAAACAUUAUGCAGCAAUGGUUGACCUUUUAGGGCGGGCUGGGAAAUUGAAAGAGGCUUAUGAAUUUGCUCUAAAGUCACCUUGUAAAGAGCACCCGGUGAUAUGGGGUGCACUGCUUGGGGCUUGUUUAUGGGACAGUGUUGAGGAGGUUAGGGCUACACUGAGGGAAUCAGGGAUGACAAAAGAAAAUGUGGCAAUAAUUAAAUCAAGCAAGGAUACAAGAUAUGGACUAGAUUCGAUUGUUACACAUGAUGGCACGAAAUUACCAUGUUGGGCGCUAGCAAACUUAUCAUCAUUCAAGCAGAAGUUUGGAGUUGAUGCUUAUGAGCAGCUGGAUGUGAUUGGUAUUGAUGAAGCUCAAUUCUUUGAUGACCUUUAUGACUUCUGCCGUGAAGCUGCUGAUCAUGAUGGAAAAACAGUAGUAGUUGCAGGACUAGAUGGUAACUAUUUGAGGAGGAACUUUGGUUCAGUCCUUGAUAUCAUUCCCCUUGCUGAUUCUGUAACCAAGCUAACUGCCCGAUGCGAAAUCUGUGGGAAGCAUGCUUUCUUUACCCUGAGGAAAACACAGGAGACACAAGUUGAGUUGAUUGGUGGAGUCGAUGUCUACAUGCCGGUGUGCCGGCAGCACUAUGUCAAUGGACAGGUAGCCAUGGAGACAACAAGGCUUGUCCUUGAAUCUCAGAAGGUUGAAUGUGGCUCCCAUUCAUAAAUAACUGCACUUUUCUCAGCAGCUGCAUGCCUAGUUUUCUGCCUCUCUUGUCCUGUUUAGUAUUCAAAAACUUGGAUGUCCAUGUUUACAUCUUAUUAGGAACUAUCAAGUAGGUUAUUUUUUUCAAUUAAGCAUGUCAUUCUGUUUUAGUGAUUUAUUCUAGAAUCAAAAGUUGGCAUUGAACUUGCUGCAUCUGAUAGAUGUGGAUUUCAAACUGUUUAACCUGUAUAAAUGUAGGUUAGUCAAUCCGGACAUACUAAUGAUGUAUUUUAUACAACAUCUUAUAUUGUCACUGCCAAUCCAAAGUCCAAUAUUUGUGUGUGGAACA